UAUAAUGGCAAAUAAAAAUAUGUAUAAGAUCGAAGAUAUAGGGUUAUCAUUAUUGUUUGAUAAUGAUAAUGAAAUUAGUUUAUUCCCUGUAACAGAAAAUCUACAACUAUCUUUUGUACCAUUAAAUAAAAAUAUAUUUAAUACUUUUGAACUCGAUGAUCUAGAAUUAUACUUUGUUAGUAAUAACGAUAACAGGUCAAAUUUAUUUACUGAAAUUCUGGACAACAAUGGUCAAUUAAUAACUGAAGAAGAUAAUAGCUUAACAGAUUCUAAAAAUGAAGUAGAUGAUAUAUAUGAUAUGGAAAAAGAUCUAUAUCUCUUAACUAAAGAGAAAUGUUUUUUAGAUUGGGAUGAAGUUAAAAAGUAA